GUAGCAGUUUUCACGCGUUUUCAACGGUUUGUUUGACUCGGUUUGUUAUUUUGAUCUCAUGAAAACAAUGCCGAAGUCUUAAACACUGCCUUUGAGCGAAGGAGAUAGCGUAAUAACCUUCCGGUGAUUCGUAAGCUCAUUAACAUCGUGACAAGGGAGUUUACUUACCGGCAUCUUUGAGAUUUCAAUGGUUUUUCCUUGAUCGAACUUUGGAUCGGUUCUGUUUCGGUGCUCGUGCUUUCCGCUAAAGACGGAGAAGCUGGCGGGGUUGGAAAUUAUCAAACAUUCCUCGUUUAUACAACAUGGGGGAUCCACUUGCAGUAUGGAGGAAUGCGAAACGAAAGACAACUUUUGUGCGAACAGUGACGAGUCCAAAGAUGGCAACUCGAUUGCUUCGGAUAUUGUCGAAGACAGAGAUACUGGCUUUGUAGAAGAAACCCUGUCGAAUUCAGAUAAUUUCGAGAUUGAAAGCGGUGUGGAAAGUGCGACUGGAGAUGUUACUGAGGCUGACUGGACGGAACUGGCUGAAUUGUUGGAUCUGAAUUCGUAUCUCUCCGGCUCGGAUGAAAGUUUACGUUUGGGCGACCUCGACUUGACCACCGAACAAGCACAAGAAACGCUGAAGUAUUUCAGUGAGUAUUGCGAUGUGAUAUAUUUGAUUUCAAAUAUUAAUACUGGGAGAAAAUUUAUUGCUAAACGCUUGUUGUGUUGAAGCAAAAAAGCCUUGUACCAAAUUCUUCAGUAAGACAAGCUUUGUUUUGACGAUUUUUAAGGCAAAUGUUUAACCUUGAUUUGUAUAUUUAUAAAACCAGCGAACGGGUUCAACAUUAAGCUUAGACAAGAAAAAUAGUGAAAGGUCUUUUUCUUAAUAUUAUAUUGUGUCCUCCAAAAUAAUUUCAGUUCCUAAUUGUUUCAAACCAGAAUUGAAAUUGAAGUACAAAACAUCUGUGCUUUGUAAGUUCUUUAUUAGAAGCGGAUUAUUUCCUCUUUUGCUUAUGUAAACGGCCGAAGGGUUUUUGAUUGAAUUGUAAAUUUAAAGUUAUCAAUAUGGAGGCGUGCUCUUGAUCUUGAAUACUUUGACUUUUGAUAUUUUACAUGUAAACUUCAUAUAUGAUGCCAGUUAUUUAAUCGUGUUCACAAGACAAAGCUCCAGAAAAUUUAGCACUUUGUCUAUUUAUCCAAUCUUUUGUUUACUUAAUUUGACUUGGAUUAAGUUUAUAAAGUCUUUUUUUUUGACAUGUUUUGUUUACGAAAAGUCAUAAGCUCUCAACUAUGAUAAUAUUAAACCAUUUCCGCAUGAGUCCACUCUAUAAAUGUAUACAAAGAACUUUACACAGUUUAUGUUGUGGGUAAAAUUUCUUCUUAUGUUUUAACCAGUAUUCAACCCAUUAAGGAUUUAAGUUUUUGCUAGACGGUUUUUACCUUGGUUCUGGUUUAAAAAGUAGCUAAAACAUUUACAUGUAUCCACAUCAGAACAAUAUUAUUUUAUCUAUUGACAAACUUCUCCACUCUUCUAUACUGUCUCUAUAAACAUCCACUUAUAAUUUUUCAUGUGUGGAGGAAAGCGGUCUGAAAUGCAUCAGUUUUAUGGACGUCUGUGGGCAUGACCUCUAACAUCAAUAAUGCAGGCUUUUAAGUCUCCCAGUGUGAGUUUAACAUGGGAUUUUCCUCUGAUUAGCUACCUCAUACAGUCUAGUCAAUGUAUUUGGAGCGGAGUUUAGAGACUUGACCAAUAAAGUCAGUCUAUGACAAUCAUGUGCAACUCUUCUGUUGUCAGUCUGAGAUGCCCAGGGUUAAGGUUUAGGAAAGCUCCAAAGUGGCCAAAGUCACAAUUCAAGAAAGUUUUCAAUUUCAUUUGAUAAAAUGCUAACAAAUACAAGUAAUAGUACCAUGUGAAAGCACUGCCAAAAAGUUUCAUUUGCAUGAUCACACCAAACGAUUUGAGCCCCAUUCUCCAAAGCUAGAAUCACCAUACAGGACUUCAGUGUUCACUGUGGUAGUAAAAGCAGGGCAUAUCUAAUCUAUAGAAAUUGAUCAUCGAAAAUUAUGUAAUCGAUUAAUCGAUAAUACUCAAUAGUACUCGAUAUUUGUCGAUUGAUUAGUCAAUUUAAUAUUGAUUGAAAUCGAUAAUCACAAAUCUUUUGUCACAUCUAUGGAAAUUGAAAAUCAAAAACAUGAUCUGAUCUUAUCAUAACACUUCGUAACACUUACCUUCAAGCUUACCUUCAAAUCCGCUUUGUUGAUAAAGAUGAUGUUGCUUCUUUCUCCAAUGGUAGCAUUUCCUUUUUGAUCGUUGUUGAACAAAUCGUUAAGAUCAAUAGCUAAUUACAGAAAUCGAUCAAAAUUGAUAAUCACAAAGAUGUGAGUGAUCGAUUUCUAUCAAUUUCCGAUAGUAAUCGAUUUCUAUUGAGUAUCGAAAAUAUCGAUUAGAUACGCCCUGGUAAAAGGCUUAAUUUUUUCUACCUGUCUUUUAUAAUUUGGCUGUGUGUGUUUUUGAUUUGUUUCACUUUCCACAUGGUAAAGGAUUGUUACCAUACAGUUUGAUUGUUUUCAUGAAUGAUGCAGAUUUCUCUUACGCAAACUGCUCACUUUUUAUCUAGACCGCUUACUGGUGCUAGAAGGUUGUACUCAAACUAGCUUUUAUACGAGAUGGGCUUAUUUCGAAAAAUUGCCUGCCCAAAUUUCUGUAUUCAUAUGGUUGAUUCUUUGUCAAUAACAUCUAAUACAUAUAAUAGUAGAUAGUUGGAUGAUUUCAUUCUGUUUUGAAUUUGACAAUUUUUUUAUGUGUUCAAGGUUUUUAUGUCUAAGAAGUCAUUGUUUCCUUGUAUAUUUAAAUGUAGUUUUUACAGGGCAAAUUUGAUUUCAGGUUAAUUUUGAUUAAACUUAGGUUGAUUCUGAAUUUCCAAUGUCCCCUAGCCCUAGAAGACCAACAAAACUGAGAACCAACCUAGGUUAAAAAAUUUUAACGUGAAAUCAAAUUUCACAUGUAACAUAUUCAGAAAAGUUAUGCAUAAUGAUAUUUUUGCACACUAAUAUUAUUCAUGGAAAUUUCACCUUGAUUCAGGAAUGCUUUGCUCUGGGUAUCCAGUCAUGAAAUUUUGAAAUUAAUUUUUUUCAGAGAUUUAUUUUUGCAACCAUUUACUGUGUGUCACUAUUUUUCUCACAACUGCUUUUUUUAGUCAGUGUGAUAUUUAUUAUAUUCCUGGGGAUUUUCAAAACUCUUUUAAAUCCAAACGUAGACUUAACUCAGAUCUAUACCUGCACUUUGUGGUUUACAUACUAGCAUAUAUUAAUUUUAAUUGUUUGAACUACAUUGUAUCAUUAAACCAGUUGGAAAAAAUAUUAAAGAAGGAAAUAAAAAGAACAAUUUACUUUUUAAAACUCAAUUCUUAAAAUUGUUUUGUCCACCUUGAAAAAAGAUAUCAAGUUUGCCAUAAUUUCUGAUAGGUAUAAAUUAGAUGAAGUUUGACACAAUGUACACUGAAUGCAAAUUGUAAAUAUUCGGGUAGUGUUUUAAGGGUUGAGAUUCAAUCUGUCUCUUUAGACAGGUGAUUCAUUCAGAUAGAACAAAAGCUUGAUGAAUGGCUCUUUUAUUUCAAUUGAAUGUUAUUGUUCUUACCACUUUCCAAAGAAAGCAUGAUACUUGAUGAAUUAUUGAUAACUUUCAUGCCUACUAAGUGUCUUGGCAGUACAAUAACGUACUAUAUACUGAAGUGCAAAUUUAAUUAUGUCUGGAAAUUUAUGGGAAGGAGGUUUAGUGCUGGAGUCAGCAAAUUUGUAUGGUUAAUACAGUGUGGAAGGGGACAUGUUUUCACACUCAACCCAACAUUGCUGGAGAAGUUAAUGUCAUGACACAUUGUAAUAAUAUAUUAUUACAAGAUGAUUUGCUAAGUUUGGUGCUAACAAAACUCAGUUUUCAUGCAUCAGUUUGAAGGUCAGGUUUGGGUGAGAAAGAUGAUGUGAUAUGGCACCAAGCACAAAGUUUAUGUUCACUUCAUGUUUUAGAACAAUAUUAUUUUUCAGUAGAUUUUGUUCUUCAAUGAUAUUGAUGUGGAAAGUGAAAAUUCCAUGAAAUGACUCUACUACAUGUAGUACUUGAUGUACACAUUACUAUUGCUAUUUAAAGAAUUAAGCUUUGCUCUCUUUAAUUUUUUUCUUUUACAAAUCUUAAUGGCAUAAGCAGGUGAUUAUUUUUGUUCUACCUAUUAUUAUUAUUUUCUUGGACAGGUCACUUUUGAAUACCAUCUAUUUUAAAACUUGCAACAUAUGUCACCCCACACUUGGCAAUAAAUAUAAUUUUGACAUAAUUUUAGUAUGUAAUAGUUAGCAGAUAACAGUGAAUUUGUUAAGUAAAUGCACAUAUUCAUUGUACAAAUGUCAAAGACCCAGUCAGAGAUAUGCAAAUUAUAUUAUUUAGUAACAUCGUAAUACCUGUUGUUGUUGUCCCAGGGUGAAAGGGAGGCAAUCUUCUAGGGUUACAUGUAUGUGUAACAUUGAAUAUUAUUAUUAUUAAUUGCCUAACCUAAGUUAAAAAUUGUCAGAUAAUGCAUGCAGAUAUUUGGAGUUACACAGUACAGUGUGUUUUAAUUAUUGUGAUCUCCUAGACUGACGCAAGAAAAAAUGUGAGCAAUGAGUCUAAUAUCUGUGUGUUAUCUGUCAAACCAUCAGUUGAUUUUAAAGGUUUUAUUCAAAUCCUGAGAACGUUCUACUUUGCAAUCUCCAAGUUAGCCUUGAAUUGUUGUCCUGAGUUGCAUUCACAAUUUCACUGUCAAAUUGUGUCUUUUUACAUUGUGGUAUGGGUGUAUAUUGGGACUGUUCUCUCAGUAGAGUGAUGGCAAAUUUGAAUGACAAUAUUGUUGGUAUUUUUAUUUUUACAGCAUUAGCGUCAGACAGAACUAACCAAAUGACCAAGACCCAUAAUGAUCUUGAUGCUAUUCUACAACUCUUGCAAGAGGUGAGUUAAAUUUUCUCUGAUUAAUGCAACUUGGUUCUAUAAUAACGGUUAUACAGUAAUGGCAUCCAUGGCAAAAAAGACGGCCUGGGUUGGCUUAUUGAGUUGUCUAAAUCUUGUACGAGGUGGAUUCUCAAUGCUCAGCAUUUAAUAUAUUAUAUAAAAUAACGUUAUGUUCCCAAAGUAACAACCCGCUUAAAGUAGUGACCUUUGAAAAGGCGUGAUAAAAUUUCCCAGGUGUUAGCAAAUGCCAAAAGUAGCGACCCUCCGAAAAUAACAACCCUCCGAAAGUAGCGACUUCAAAAGUUAUUUUUCUUCUUUCUAGAAAUAAUGGAAAUUAUAGUUAUGACAAGCUUUCCCAAACUGAUCCAAGAUUUGUUUUUUAACAGCUGUAAUGAUCUUUGACAUUCCUUUAACUCAAAAGGUUCAUUACAUGUACAUCUUUUUUUUUCAGAAAGUCUUCCUUUCGUCUGUGAAUACCCACACCGUAAUCAAACGAUUCUUUAGAAUAUUUAUUUAAAAAGCAAGGACAUGAAAAUAGGUUCUCCAAAUAAUUAGUGUGGCUGUUUUCACAAUUGUCGUGAUAUUAUUAUUGUAACUUCGCACGGCCCAUGUACGAUACACGGUUUAGCUACCCAAAGGUAGCUACAAUGUAUAGGAAAAGGCUGCUAAAUCCGAAAGUAAUAAGGGUUGUUACUUUAGGAACUUUAUGGUAUGAUUUAAGUAUAAUUUGUAUGACAUGACACCAAUACAGUGUUGUCUAUUGCUUUACAGUCAAGCCAGGUCAAGCUAAGCUUAUCCCCACAGAUUCCAUUAAUGAACUGUCCAUUUUAAAAACUGAGUUAGUUUUUGCUGCUAAUAUUAUCUUAUUCAAAUCUGAAUUCCUUCAUGCACAAAGAGCUAAGAAACUUUUGACUAUUAGUUCUCUGUAUAUAUUUGGUGAGUUUGAAAAACCUUUCAUUUUUUAAAUAGAUCAUACCAGUAUAUCAACUUCUAAAUGAAGGCUGGGGAGCUUUUUAUCCAUUGGAUAGCGUUUUUAAAUUCUAAACACCCAUGCCAGACUGAUCACUGUUAAAUUCAUAUUUCAGUGGCUUUUACUAGUAGAGAUAGCUUUCAAUGAUUAAUUUUUUUCCCUCCAAAUUUUUGGUUAACAGAAAGAGAAAGACCUGGAGCUUGCUGCCAGGAUUGGACAGGUGGGAACUUCUACAUUGUCAAAUACUACAGCUUCAUGUUAAAUUGAUAUUCAAGUUUUUGUUGAUGACUGUAGUCUCUGAUCUACAGUCCCUGUUUGUUUCAAUGUAACACAUUGCUAAGAAGCUGUCGUGCAAGAAUCAGCCUGCUGACUUAUUCCAAUCUCUACCACUGAGCAAGGACUAAUUUUUACCUGUCUGGGUGCUAUAAUUAAUAAAUAUUAUAAAUAAUAAAUAAAAUUUAUUUUCUCUUGAGGUACACAGGUGCCAACUUUUCGUUUUGUUACUCUUCUAGUCCUUAUUGGAAAGAAACAAGCAGCUAUUGGUUAAAACGCAAGCUUUUGAAAGUUUUGUUGCUGAAUGUGAUGAAAAGGUCAGUAGAAGUAUGUUUAAGGGGAGCUGUCAUUAAAGUUUUAAGUGGCUUCAUGGUCUCUCAUGGAAAGUAGUUAUUUAUCCGACAGAUCCUCCUUUAGGUUGAGGAUGGUAUUAAACUCGGGUUAUUGGUCUGAUUGGGACAGUCCUAUUCAGGACUACGUUCACCUGGAUGAUCAAACCCAACCUACUUUUGAAAUGACUCCUGGGUUCAAACCUUUCACAAAUCCCCCUUUGUUUGAUAUGUUUGACUCAUUUUCAAAGUUAUAGAAGCAGGCUAAAUUUGCUGCAGUAGCUGGCCAACAAAGCUGGCUGCUAAUGAGUUCAAUAAUCAACUUGUUUUAUAAACUAAAAGAAAAAUUUUGUCUCAUCAGGAAACCCAGCUUCAGCAUGAGGUGUCUAUGAAGAAUGAACUGCUUCAGAAAUUUUUGAGGGAUCAAGAAUUAGAAGAGUACUAUCAGCUGUCUCAUCGCUCAGAUGAAGACAGUCGAAGGUGAGCUGAAUUACGCCAUUUUAAAAUGACAAUCAGUCUUUACUCACGGUGUCACUUCAUUAAAAAUACACUAACGUAAGUAUCUGAUUUAAUUACUCUCCACAAGGGGUAGGCUCAUGAGAGCAUAUAGCAUAGACCAGUAAUACAAUAAAACAGUAUCCUCUUAAAAAUAUUCCACUUAAUAUGAAUUGACAUAUCUAGAGAUCCAAUGAGAUUUCUUCAACCAUGGCCUAGAUUAGACUUUGUACAAAUAGCCAAGUAGUUUUCAAACCAUGCUGUCCUGGGACUGCUGGUUAAUAAGUGGAUCCCGCAAAUAAGUGACAAGUCAUUUACCCUGCGAGCAGUGGUUUCUCCAAGCCGGAUGCUACGCUACGAAGGGAUAGAACUCUCCCUUCAUAGCGUAGCAUCCGGCCUGGAGAAACCACUGCUCGCAGGGUACAAGUCAUUAAGCUAAGCCCUAAAAUGUGUACAAUUCUCUUCUUUUUGCAGCAGCGACAGUUUUUGCAGAGAUGAAUCAAUCAACUCAUUACAGCAGAAAUGUGAAGCCUUGGAGCAACAGAACACACAUCUCAUCUUAGAGGUAUGACAAUAAAUAACCAACAGUAUACUGAAGGUGAUUCUUACAGUGCGUAAAAGUAUUGGUUAAACCACUGGGAUGUCUCAUAUUUAGGUGUCUAUAAACUGAUUCUUUAGCUCUGGAAAUUACAAAGAUUUACCAUAGACUUGUUUGAAUGAAUUUUGUAGGCUUUGCAGAUAAAGGAGGAGACAGCCUCAGCUGAAAUGAAGGAGCAGCAACUGGUCUUAGAUUGUGUCAAGCAACUGGGUAAGUGAAUAAGGGUUCCCCAGAAAAUCUAAAGUAAAAGGAGAAAAAAGUUAAGCAGGUGGAAAUAAAUUAACUCGAAAUCACAGAGGGUAGGUAUGGGAGGGAGUUGGCCCCCAUCUUUUGGCGAACUCUAGGGCUUUUCCCAGGAAAAGCAGCUACAAACAAAUACUUUUGUACUCUGAAUUAAGACUUCGCAAAAUGAUUUCAUUUAAUGAUAAUAUCAUUUUUUGUCUUUGAUAGUUGAAGCAAAAGAUCAGAUAAGUUCCCUGACGGAUGAGAUUUCUCAGAAAGCAGAGGACAAUAUCAGGCAACAGGUAUAUAUCAUUUUCUUGAACAGAAUACAAAAUAAGGGUCUUAUUUUUGGUUGUGUGUGCAGCCUUUCACUUGAAAGCAUACCUAAAAGAAAUCCUUUUUUUUAAUUUUCAUUACUUAAUUUCAGCUCAGUACUUUCUCCUUUUUUUGAUCAUGCAAAGUUUGUAGUAAAAAUCUUAUUUUCUUCCAAUUAGAGCAAUAAACAUUGAAUUCUCUUUUGGUAUAACCUAGUUGCCACCACAAGUUUUUCUGAAAAACACUGUUUGAAGCUACAGACUAGUUGUUUCCUGGUCAGCAUCUGGCCAAAACAGGAAGAGACUUCCCAAAAGGUUGUUUACAAGUCGAGCACUAUGUUGUUCUUGAUGCUAAUUAUUAUUAUUGGUUCCAAAGUCCAGGCUUGCUGCAGAGGGCAAAGUUUCCUCUCUUGACUUUUACCUUUUGGUUUCUCUACUUCCCCUUUUUUUUCUUCUCCCUUUUCCUUUCACUGAACAUUUACUAGGCUUCAUUUUGGUUGGAAGUUUCCAUAAAAAUGCGGAAUUUAGUUGAGUUUAUUCAAAGGUACAAUGUAAAUGGUUUAAGAAAUUUAAAGCAAAGAUUUUUUUUUGUAUUUCAGGAAGAAAUCACCCAUCUAAUAACAACAGUUGUGGAUCUUCAGAAAAGGCACAAGGAAGUAAGAUUAUCCCUUUCAAGCCUCAAUGUCCGCGGAGAAAUUCUCUUUACUGAUCUCUGUGCAUUUCCUUAAGAAUAAGUAGUGAGAAUGUGAUAAAAGAUCAAAGCAUUUUCCCUUUGAUGAUCAUUUUAUUAAUUCUCAUAGCCUUUGCUCUUGAUGUUGUACUGAUAUUGUCAGGAGGAAUUUGCUGUUGGUCACUCUUGGGACUUAAACAGGGUUUGUACAGAGUCUUGAAUUCUUGAAAAAGUCUUGGAAUUUGCCCAGCAAUUUUCCAGACUUGGAAAAAGUCUGGAAAAUAGAGUUAAAGUCUGGAAAAAAAUGGUUAAAAGUCUCGAGGUUUUUUGAAAGCUAGAACAAGACUUUACAAGUGAAAUUUUUUUCCUGUUGGUCAAAUCGUAUUCAAUUUUACCUGUAUGUUUGCAGUGCAUCAUUGAAAAGGGUUUGUUUCUGGUUUUUUUAAGGUCUAUAUUGAUCACCUAUUUGAUAACCUUGUGUCUGGAAAAAGAAAUUAUUGUUUUGGAAAAAGUCUGGAAAAACUCUUGAAUUCUGGAUCCAAAAAUGUGCAACCCAAGGGAAAUGAGAUGUUAGCUGUUCUGUCUUGCUACUGCUGAGGAGAAUUUUUUUAACAAUCAGUUCAUGUUAUCUUUGGUUAUUUUUAUUGUUUUUAGUUGUAGUAUGAUCUAGUUUAGUAGGAAAAUGAAGAAAAAUAGAACCAAACAAUAAAGCUGUUUUAUUUAAACUUGUAUCAUUUCCCUGGCCAAUUUAAUGAAGCCCUGCUCUCUUGUAAGACUAAGGGUGAUUGUUCCAAAAACGUGAAAUUAAAAGAGGAAAUUUUUUUGUCGGCAAAACAUAUUUAAUACUUAUCUUGGCUAUGACCUGUUUUAUUCACCCCAAACGUCCAAAUUUAUCUUGAAACGGGCCCACGAGUAAACAAGUCCCAAAAACCCCAUUAGAGAUAACCACCAUUCGCCAUUUCUCGGCGAACUGUUGUUGAAAGAGCAAAUGAUUAUUUACGAUUUUUCCCUUUAGUCUUUUUUCCCCGCGAAAAUUUACGAAAAUCAGAAGCCCUGAUUAGAAGUGAGAUGUUAUUCUGGGUUUCAUUCAACUGUUUCCCACAGAAUUUAUAAUGAUGAUUUACAAAGUUUGGUCAUGAAUCAAGAACAGGGCCUAAAUGGUUUUUAUUUACUUAGGUUCUCCAAAUGGCAUGGUCACCCUGAUUGGUCCCCAUUAGAGUUGAAAAAUAUGGACUACUUUUGUAUUAUUUUGACCAGUGUGUGGGUUAAAUCAGUGAACAGCAUCUUUUGAGUUCUUUUUGUGAGUUUGUACAUAAGGGAUGUCACAAAGAUUUCAAGUUGCCGGGUAAAUGCAAGAAGUAGGUGAGGAAUCAAACAAGUAAGGGGUUUCUUUUGGUUCUAUUUUUUCUUUUAUUUUCUUCCUUUGAAAAUAGAAGGAACCAAACACAUUCACUAUUUAGCUUCUUGUGUUUCCCCAGUCCUUGAAAUCUUAAGUGACAUCCCUGGUACAAACACUAAAAGAACUUUGUCUGAUUGGUCAUACUUGUCUGGUUUGUUCACCAAAGUUGUGCACCAUUCACUUGAACACAAAAAUGGUCUGGUGAUGGAUGUAGCCAGGGGCUCUUUGAAAACUUUUUGUCACACUUUUUUUCCUCCUGACUGACUGACUGCCCCUGGAUCACCGACGAUGGUCAUUAGCAAGAGCUAAAUAAAAACUGUUUGUUUCAGGUUAAUGAUUUGCAAGAAAAAUACCAUGAAUGUCUUGAGAUGCUGAUGGAAAACCAGGUGAUUUAAAUUGAGUUUGUUGUGGUUUUUCUUAAUGGUGACAAUAAUAUGCUUAAAUCUGCAAUAGCAUAUUGAGAUAUUUUUCUAAAAUGUAUUUUUUUUAUUUAUAGAGGGAAGUAAAAAAGUUGAACACAAAGAUAGAGUAAGUUAAUCAUCAGGCUUUGGUUGUUCAAAUGCUGGAUAGCGCUAUCCACUGGAUAAAUCUCUAUCCAGUGAAUAGUGCAAUAAUACUAAUACUAAUCCACUGGAUAGAGAUUUAUGGGGUGGAUAACGCUAUCCAAAGUUUGAACAAGCCGGGCCUUGUACAAUAAAAUUUAUGUUCAAAAUUAAAUCUAUUUUUGCACAACUUAGAUUCUAAAACUUUUCCCUGGUUGGUUUUUCAGGUCUGACAUGGUACCGAGGAAAAGGUCACAGUUACCAUAUCACGUAAGUACAGAGUGACCCUAGGCACCUCAGAAUUACUGUCUGCUAGCCUGGGAAAACUCAAGCGACCAGUCGGGCAAGCAUGUUUUCAUUCUGAGUUGUCUGACGGGCAUGCAACAUUUGACACGAUAAAGUAAAUGUUUGCUCUGGUCUAGUAAACUUCAGCAACAGCUUCCAUAAAGAGCAAGUGUUUUUUAAAAUUGGAAAGAUUAAAUGGAUUGAAUCAGGAUCGAAUUAGGAUAUACUCACUAAUAUUGGCUCAAAAUUUAUGUAUGAAGUGUUGUUUAAAAUGCUCAGGAACCAACUUUGGUCCUGGGGUCCUCCUCCUACUUGUCCCUCUGGGGGGAUAGGUAGGAUGAGGUUACUUUAGCUGAUAAGCUGCAGUGGCGGAUCGAGACCUUCAGAUAAGGGGGGGCCCAGUCAUCCAGACCCCGAGAUAAGGAGGGGAGGGGGUGGUCUCAAAACAAAAUUUCUUCAGCCCUUCCCUGGGCCCCUCGCCUUGAUCCGCCACUGAGGAGGGACCAGGGGGGCUUGGUCUCAAAGUUAAAAGUCCCAAAGUGACUUUGGCCAAUUUUCUCCUAACAGUAUUGUACCAUGUCAAGAAUUAGGUUAUGAGAGGCCCUAAAAUGAUCUACCACUGAGAAAAUGCCUUGGUGCAAAUUUUUCAUUCAUGAAGGGUUGGAGAUCAGUUUUUUUGUAGCAGUUUGGGGUUAAAGGGUUAAACAAUUAUUUGUCAUUUUUGUGUUUUAUUCCUGUAGGAUUCCCGCGAUUCUAUUGCCCUGGAAAUUGAGGAAAGUGUCAAGAGAGAUCUGACCACUCAGCAGGAGAAGAGGUACAAUUAUUAGUCCCAAUAGUAACCAACUUCAAUUUUCCAAUUUGUCAAGAGAUUAGGUUAUGAGAAUAAGUAAAAGAUCACCUUAGAGAAAAAGCUUUGAUCUUUUAUCAGAUUCUCUUAACUCAUUCUUUAAAGAAAUAUAUAGGGAUCAGUUUGGAGAAUUUCUGUGUGGAUAGUGGGAUUUAAAGGGUUACCAUAGCACCCAUUUAUUUCUUAUUGCUUUAUUUGUUACUGCCUAUUUUUGAUCGGCCAUUUUGAGACUGAGUAGCUGUGGUGCCGAAUUGUACCUUGGGACUGUUUCUCACUCCUUUUUAUUGGCUGUUACGAGGUUAAGCGGGGAACUGGGUCCAAAUUCGGUCCCGACAACAUGCUCAACCCUAGCCUGCUCCAGGCUCCGAGAUGGUGGUGGAAAGUCGUUCAGUAAUAAGAAAUGCGAAAAACGCGCGGGGGCUGGGGAGAGACAGGCCAGCGCCCCUUUCCCUCAAAAUGUCUUACAGCUUUGCCGUUUUAAUACGUUCCCAUUAUAAAAGCCUGGCACAGGCAACUCAAAUUCUCAAUCAAAAUGUCAAUCAGCAGCCUAUAGAAAAAUCAAUCAAGUAUGUUUUUAAAACAAUCUUUAGCCUUUUCUUUUUAUUAGGGGGAUGGAGAGGAAACGAGCGAAGUUGUAGCUCGGCAAGUCGCGAAAUUUUUCCGACGUUUUUUGGAAUGUUGGUGGCACAAACUUGCCCAACCGCUCCACCCCCUCCACCCCCUCCACCGUACAACACCAUUUUUGUGGAGCCAUAGCUUCGAUAGGUUUAAACCAAUUGCUCUCAAACUUGGAUUCCGUACUGAUCUUAAGGAGCUCUUUCCAUCGGUAUCGAUGGAUGUUUACGGUCAUCUCGCCAACAAGAAGUGGACUCGUUGCCAACCAACUUGCCACCAAGAAGUCUCAUCGCCUCCAAGUAAUGUCUCUGCAUUAAUCAACGUGUUUACUCACCUAGGAUUACUUACCUAGAAUUUUUACUUUUUCGCUAAGCUUAUUCGAAUUUGAUUAGAGUUAUCACUUGGUAGCGAGGUGGUCGACGUUCGUGGCGACGUAGUUGGUGGCGAGAUGACCAGCACCUCGAUUGAUUGUCACUAACUGGUUUAUGAAAAAAUUGAAAAAAAGUCAGGCAAGGGUCUAAUGACAACCAUUUCAUUUUCUUUACAGAGAGCACACAGCGCGCGUUAUGGAAACUGUCCGUGUGAUUAAUACUGGUAGUUCUGGGCGGAGAACCAGGAAAACCGGACUCCGUGCAAGUAAGAGCGGUGCCGGAUUUCAGUUUGAUCCUUCAGGUAUCAUGACUGGAUCAGCGGAAAAUGGUGGUGCUGUGGCCAACUCACAGGCUGGGAGCCCUGCGGCAGGUACUAACUUAUAUAACUGAUACACUUCUCCCACGCUAGUCUGCGAGCAAGUUCCCUGGGGACGAUGGACGAGAGAAGAAUUGCGGUCGUUUUGCCCGACGGCGUUUGCCAGGACAUUAGUCGAUUCGCUCGAUGACAUACAACACUCUACAACAUGGUGAACAUACCUUUCGAGAUGUUGUUUUAGUUACCCUUGGAUUCCAAAUGUGCAGUCACUGUCUUUCCAUGCUUUUUCUCUUUUUUUCUGGCUUAAAGAAUGACAAAUACACUUCGGGCGAAUCGACUUAGUCAGGGCGAACUGCUAUCGGGCGAACCGACCUUCGGGCGAAACGACCUGAUACCCGAGAGAAUACGAGAGCUCUCCCCUUUUUUCUCUUCUGGUCCCGAAGCCAGUCAGAGAGCCUUCUCGCGCGCUUCUCGCGCGCUUCUCGCGGGUUUCUCGCUAUCUUAUCACAAUAGCAAGUGAACAUCGAGCUUGAAAACAAUCCACUAUGAAACAUUGUGCUAUCCAACGUGGGAAGUGAUUUUGAUUUGUUGAUUUCACUGAAAGGAUUGAAACCGGUAAGGUAAAACUGAUUUGUAUGUUUUUAAUUUUUUUUUAACAGAAAGGAGGAUAUCUUACUCUGGGAGACGGUCGUUUCGAGCUCCAGAGAAGUUACAGAUCGUCAAACCAAUCAAAGGUGAGACAAGUUCACACUCAUCAUCUUGAUUCACAAUAACCGAGAGGCUUUGGCCAUGUUGAGUUGGCGUGAGAGACUGGGUCGAGGUUGUGUUGAAAUGUUGUAUUGGACGAUGAGCGAAUACUGCCCCAGUUUCUUGCGCAACCUCGUUAUAGCCAGUAGAGAGGACGUAAUGACUCUCCUGUCUAUGAAAAGAGCCAUAGAGUUCCCCAAAACAGCCGUACAGUUCAGUUCGACAAAACACGAAAAGCAGGAACAGAAAGGUCAAUUAACUUGACAGGUCUCAUAUAUGACCAGCCCGUUUUACAAUACAACUAAAUUAAAUACCAAGAACCAUUUUGUUAGUAGACUCAAGGGGCAAACUCAAUACAGCUCAACUGUGUUGCGUUUUUACAAAGCUAAGCAAAUUUGAACUCUGUUUUAAACCCCGUGUGUAAACGUUAGUGAACUUUCCAGAGAAACAAGUCAGGAAAAUCGAGGUCCGAAAAAAUCGAAGUCCGGAUAAUCGAGGUCCGGCUGAUCAAGGCCAUGAAAAUCGAAAUUAAUCGAGGUCCGGGUAAAAGAGGUGUGGAUAAUCGAGGUCCGACUGUACGUAUUUUUGGGGUCUUAAUAUUCCAUUCUUCUGACAGGAUCAGUUACUUUGCAUCAGUGGAAGAAACUAGCCAAUCCGACUUUGAAUCUCGCCGAGGAACGUCCUGGGGUGCACGUUAAAGGUCAGGACCGGGAAAUGGGGACCGGAGAGCCAAGGGAGCAGACUGACUUAAGUGAUAUGGACCCUGAUGAUCUUGAGUACGAGGAAGAUGCGUCUGUACACAUGGGCAGUGUUCGGACUUUAGAGUCUGCUUCAGAGGCUACCAGCCAUACGGGAACAAACGAAGGUGAUGACCAUGAUGAUGAUGAUGACGAUGAUGAUGGGCCAAUUCAAAUGCGAAUUAGCAGGAAUCAAGAUAAAGGAACUCCAGUUUCAAAGGCUGAGAAAGGAGCUAGCGUGAAAAGACCUUCCCCUGUGACCCCUCCUCAAAACAUGGGCCUGAUGCCACUGGUCAGCGGUCAUGGACUCCAGAGGACCGUCGAUAGCGGGGGCAUCUUAGCGCAUCUUCUAAGCGGUCCCUCGACUUCAUCCCCUACUACGUCAUCUGUGGGGCAGGUACUUGCUGAGGUCUUAAACAAGGCCAGCAAGGAAGCGUCUGAAAAGGAGCCUACACGCGCUGCAUCUCUCCGGAACCUGGCAAAGUACUUCAGUGAUAAAGAGCGUAGUACUAACCCCACCCCGGUGAAAACCAAAACCCCAGCUUCUUCUCCUGUGAUGCAAAUGCCGAAGACUAGUUCCCCAGGGGUGGAAUACUGAGUAAGGUUCUUGCGUCAAGUUCAUUGUCUGCGAAUUUGACUUUUCCUUCACCGAUUACAACUACUGCCAAAAGCACCGGGUUACCCACAACGACGACUACCAGUACGUCGACUUCUCCAAGUAUCCUUACACGAGGUACCCUAGUCAGGAAUUCUAGUGGUAGUAACUUACUGAGUUUGGCUCAGGGGUCCUUGGCGGAUGAUACGUCAGGUAAGCGUCAUAGUCUGGACUCUGCAAAAUUGCUUAGGACCACUUCCGGUGCACUAGACUCACCACCAGACUUUUCUCAGUUGAAUUUUCCAACUCUUCGUCGACGUGCCAGCAGCGGCGAUUUGCAAGAAACAGCGUCAGGUUCCAGCAGUUUAGAUGACUUUAGUGGCAACGGUUCAGGGAUGAGAUUGUACAGGAGCUCUAGCUUUGGAAACAUCAAGGAUCUUAGCAACGAGAACCUGGCAGGUCCAUCAAGGGACGUUUCAGAGGGUGGCUUUUUCGGUCGUCUGAGGCGCACCCCGAGUAUAGGGAGCCUUACAAAUCUGGUGCAAAGGAGCAAUUUAACCGCUACCUUACCAGGUACACUUGGGCUCCGCUCAACAAGUUUGGAAUCACUUCCGGUUUUUAAACCUGGAGAAUCACCCCCAUCACCUUCAAAGUUUGACCAAGAUGGAACAAGUUUCUUUGGUCGCGGUCUCUCUACCAAUAACGCUCCUUCGGCCAGUGUGGACACCUUAGCUGGGGCCUCUGGUAAGAGUGGCUUCGGAAUAGGGACGCGCUUGAGUGGCUUGGCUGGGCUCCGAGGAUUUUGGAGCCAGGGAGGGAGUAAAAGUUUGGAGAUGCCUUCUCCGCCUAUGGAAUCACUCCCGCUACAACCCAAGAGCGAAGAACGACUAGAAAAAAUCAACAGUGCGUUUGCGUUUGAGGACUUCGGUGGACUUGGUUUAAUGUCUUUCUUUGGACGAAAGUCUGGCGAUAAUAGAUAACUAAUUCAACUUUGGAAGGACGGAAUAACAUUUUGUAUUGUCAUUCUUGUAAAAAAAAUAUUGUGAAUGUUUUGACAAUGGUGGAAUUUCCAUUAGCUGUUCAAGCUAUUUUAUCGGUACUCCACUGAAAUACUUGAAGACUCUUAAUCGAAAUUGUGACUUGAAAAACGAGAAGGGAACUGGGGCCGGAAUGCGUCCUGCAAGUGUUUCUGGGAUGGUUACUGGGGACGCGCCAAUUGUGCCAAUUUUUGCCUUUCCUUAGUAACAAUCCCAGAAGUCUUUGCAAAAUUUACUCGGCCCAGUUCCCUUAGAAAACAUCAGGAAUGAAAAACGAUCCCUGACCGGAGGUAACCAGGUAGUGGUUUAGGAUCAAUUUAGGGUUCUGGAAACUGCCCACCUACCCCUCCCCUAAGCCAACAUUUUGCCCUAAAUGAGAAGUAAGUGAUGUUGGCUUAAGGGAGGGGUAGGUGGGCAGUUUUCCAGAAACCUAAAUUCAUCAGUGAUUUACAAGCGCGGCCGAGGAGCUGCCUUGAAUCAAAUGCAUACUCACAUCCGUUCACUCGUCCACGCUUCCGCUCCUUAUUACGUGAGCGAUAUAAAAUAUUGAACCGUGUUGCCGUCCAGAAUAGCCUGAAUUUCAGUCGCCUCCUCCGCUUGAUAAGUCAUUCGUUGAGAGAUGCUCUCUGAAAUUCAGGCUUCUGUCCAAAAUUGUCGUGUAAAUAGAAAUUAAACUGGCCUCUUGCCUUUCACGGGGUCACCUGUCUUUCCUUUCGUUUUGAGCGAGAGAGAGAAAGAGACGGGGGAGGGGCUGCAACUAAAUAACAUCCACCUACGGUAGGUCGGACUCCUUAUAAAGGGUAUAUGAAGCAUCAUUCUCGUCGUUUCUGAACCUUGAUAACUAAACUUCACUGCAAUCUAAUGCUGCAUUGUGUAGGCGUCGUAGGGUGUCUGUUACUUUGAGUUAAGCCUGAUUUAGCAACAGAACGAGAACGUCAGUUGACGACGGCGCGCGCAAAUCUUGACUAAUGGCGUCAACGGCAGAGCGGCAAAUUGGGCACCGGAAGUCGAGUUUAGUCCUUUCCGCGCGGUUUCCCGUCGUCAAAUGACGUUCCCGUUUUGUUGCAAAAUCAGGCUUUUAUCAAGAGGGAGACGGGAACGGGAAGAAGAGAGACCCUGGAAACGAGGCUGCCCGUGUCCAUGGAGUAGCCUUUCUUCAGUAUUGCGUGACUGCCCAAAUAUGGGCAGCAUAAGAGUUAAGGUCACGCUCAGCUGACUUUUUUCUUUGCGUCACUGAAUGAAGCGUUGGGUUAUUUAAAAAUGAUAGUUUCUUACUUCGAAGUUGGUAUCUAAUGUUAAAAUCGAAGGAGAUAAAUCUUAAGUAUUUAAAAUUUAGUGGGUAUAUUUUGUUAUAACUAUAUUGAAAAAUAUAUAUAUCAGUGCGGAUACCAGAACCAUAUUUUUUAUAGGAUUUAUGUUUUUCAUCGUAGAAGGGUUAUUUCCUUAAAUCCAAAUUACAUUGUACAAAUUCUUGGACAGAGAGAAUUCGGUUACAUUCUGGUUCAACGUUUCGAUGCACAGCUUCCCGCGACUUUUAACGCGUGCAGUUAUGUCACAUUUUAGUCAGGUCAUUGCUUUGUUAACUUGUCUCCUAGUCCUGGUGCCCAGACUCCAGAGGCCAAAACUACCCUGCAUCACUAGGCACGAAAGUUAAGUUUGGUAAAGUAACAAAACAAGUAAUAAAUUAAAUGCUGCUUGUGAGGUUCAUAUUUACUUGUGAAUUUUUUACAGAGAAGCAAAUUUCUGAGCCUUGUUAUUCCGUGUAAUACGUGAUAUGGGCUUAUUAUUUGAAACUGCGGCAUGAACUAUAAGUAAGUGAAUGUGUAAUCCAUGCCAGAAUUGAAAUAUGGAACAAAAACUAACUACUAGACUUUUUGUUUUGGAUGAAAUUGUAAAUAGCUAAAUACUGUAUAAAUAAACC